AUGAAGAACACAUCGGCAUUGUUUGAAAUGCCACAAGAAUCUUUUACACUUCUCGACGUUACAUAUCAAGAGUAUCAUUGCUUGUGUUCAAUAUACAAUUUAUAUUCACGUCAAAAAAGCGCAAGAGAUGAUUGGUCUAAAACGCUGUGGUCAGAGUUGAAACCACAGUUAUUAUUAGAGGGCAUGGACAGUUUUAUUAAAGAGUUUAAACAAUUGCCCAAAGCAUGUCGAACAGUACCUAUUGGGUUAGUUUUAGAUAUGAAAAUGAAAAAAUUUAAAAAUUCAAUUCCAUUAUUUAUUGAAUUAAAGAACGAUGCAAUGAAAGAAAUGCAUUGGAAAAAGCUAAUGGAGCAAACUGGUCAAUAUUUUGAUAUGGAUCCUGAAGUAUUAACGUUAGAAAAUAUUUUUAAUAUGGAUUUAGCUCGUUAUAAAGACACAUGUUUGGAAAUUGUUGCAAAUUCAGUAAAAGAACUGAGUAUUGAACGAAGUAUCAAUGAUGUUGAAAAAACUUGGGAAAUGAUGAAUUUGACUAUUAUCGAAUACAUAAAAAAUGAUACAUUCCGAGGAAUAAUUUUGGGAGAUUUAACUGAAGUUUUUCAAUUACUUGAAGAUAAUAUAAUGACUCUUCAAAGCAUGGCUGGUUCUAAGUUUAUUGGUCCAUUUCGAUCAGUAGUAGAUAAAUGGGAUAAAGAUCUGACAUUUAUAAUUAGUAUUCUUACCAUAUGGAAUUUAGUGCAAUUAAAAUGGAUGUAUUUAGAGGAAAUAUUUCUUGACGAUAAAUUUCGAGCACAGCUGCCUAAUGAAGCAUUAAAAUUUGAUGGAUUGAAUCAUAAGUUUAAAGAUAUAAUGAGAAACAUAUUAAAAGAUCCAAAAAUAAUUAUGUUAAGUAGAAUGCCGGAACUGUUUGUAGAAUUAAAAAGUUUAUUUGAAGGACUUGAAACAUGUCAAAAAAUGCUAAAUAAAUAUUUAGAAACGAAACGAAACUCUUUCCCAAGGUUCUAUUUUUUAUCUGAUAACGAACUGUUAUUAGUCUUGGGUAAUACUAAUCCUCAUGGCGUUCAAGAACAUAUUGUUAAAAUGUAUGAUAAUGUGAGAAGCUUAAUUUUUGUAAAUGAUUCUCGUAAGAAUACAUUAGUAAGCGGUAUGGUUUCAUGUGAAAAGGAAACCAUGCCAUUCAAGAGUCAAGUGAUGGUUGAUGGUUCAGUUGAAAUUUGGAUGUAUAGUGUGUUAAUGGAAAUGUGGAGAUCUAAUAAGUAUUUAAUAAAAAAAUCAAUUUUUGAAUACGGAAAUACCACUGGAUCUAGAUGUGAAUGGAUGAUGAACUUUCAAGGACAGAUGUGUUUGGCUGCAAACAGUGUGUGGUGGACAGCAGAAGUUGAAAACGUUUUUUGGGAAAUAAAAAAAGGGAACAUGAAUGCAAUGAAAAGUUACUUGGAAAAAUUAAACCAACAGAUGGAUGAAUUGAUUAUACAAGUGAGAGGAGAAUUAAUAUCAAACGACCGAAAAAAAUUUAAUACAGUUUUAAUCGUCGAUGUUCACGCCAGAGAUGUAAUUGAAAAUUUAGUUCGAGAUGGCAUCAUAAAAAGUCAAGAAUUUGAAUGGGAAAGUCAGUUGAGAUUUUACUGGAAAAGAGAUUUCGAUAAUUUAAUCAUCGAUCAGUGUUCGGGGACAUUUUUGUACGGAUACGAUUAUAUGGGAUUAAAUGGACGUUUGGUUAUAACACCGUUAACAGAUCGAAUUUAUUUGACGAUAACUCAAGCUCUUUCAAUGCAAUUAGGUUGUGCUCCUGCUGGUCCUGCUGGUACUGGGAAAACUGAAACCGUUAAAGAUUUAGCGAAAGCAUUAGGAAUAUUGUGCAUGGUUACAAACUGCGGAGAAGGAAUGGAUUUUCAAGCAUUUGGUAUGAUAUUGGAUGGAUUAUGUCAAUGUGGAGCUUGGGGUUGUUUUGAUGAAUUUAAUCGAAUCGAUGUUUCGGUUCUGUCUGUUAUCUCGACCCAAAUAGGCACAAUUAGAAACGCAUUAGUCGAAAAAAAAGAAAUGUUUUUUUUUAGGGGUAAAGAUACAAUCCUCGAUAAUAAGGUUGGAAUUUUUAUUACGAUGAAUCCUGGUUACGCAGGUCGUACCGAAUUACCAGAAACUGUGAAAACACUAUUCAGACCGGUCAUAUGUGUACUUCCCGAUUUAGAGCUAAUUUGCUUAAUUAUGUUAUUUUCCGAAGGAUUUUUAAAUGCUAAAGUAUUGGCAAAAAAAAUGUCAGUAUUAUAUAGCUUAGCUCGUGAACAAUUAUCAAAACAAUCACAUUAUGACUUUGGCUUGAGAGCAUUGAAAUCAGUGCUUGUUAUCGCUGGGGAGUUAAAACGAAAUUCGCCAGAUCUAGAUGAAAAUGUGGUACUCAUGAGAGCGUUGAGAGACAUGAACUUACCUAAAUUUGUAUUUGACGAUGUGCCACUGUUUUUGGGACUUAUUACGGAUUUAUUUCCCGGUCUUGAGUGCCAUCGAAUAACGUAUCCUCAUCUGAAUAAUGCUAUUGAAGAAGAAUUAAGAAAAAAAUAUUAUUUACCAUUAGAAAAUCAGAUGGAUAAAGUUACUCAAUUAUAUGAAACAAUGAUGACAAGACAUUCAACCAUGAUUGUAGGUCCCACCGGAGGUGGAAAAACUGUAGUUAUUAAUACGCUAGUUAAUGCUCAGAUAUCACUUGGAUUACCAACAAAACUGUAUACAUUAAAUCCUAAAGCUUGUACAGUUGUUGAACUUUAUGGUUUUUUUAAUCUCGUCACUAGAGAUUGGACUGAUGGACUUCUUUCAAAUAUAUUUCGUGAAAUCAACAAACCUAUACCAGAAGAUAAACCAGAAAGAAGGUAUAUACUGUUUGACGGUGACGUAGAUGCUUUGUGGAUAGAAAAUAUGAACUCAGUUAUGGAUGAUAAUAGGCUUUUAACAUUAGCAAAUGGUGAACGUAUACGUCUACUACCUCAUUGCGCGUUAUUAUUUGAAGUAGGCGACUUAAAAUAUGCUUCACCUGCAACAGUCUCCAGAGCCGGUAUGGUUUAUGUAGAUCCUAAAAACCUUGGCUACACUCCGUACUGGAGUAAAUUCUUAUUAAAUAGAAGAUUGAUUGAUAGAGAACAUUUAAAUAUACUAUUUGAAAAAUAUAUACCAGUUAUUUUGGAUCGUAUAUUUGAUGGAAACUACGGAUUCGAAAUGUUCAGUCCAUUAAAAUUAAUUAUAUUUCAGACUAAAUUAGUUACCCAGAUGUGUUACAUUUUAGAUGCAGUUUUAAAUACUGACGCGGAACAAAUCACUGAAAUAUCAACGAAUUCUCAAAGUUCUCAAGACGAUGCAUCUAAUAAAGUUGUUGAAGUAACUGAUGAAAUGGAAGCAAUAUUCAUUUCCGCUAUUUAUUCUUCAUUAGGAGCACCAAUAGAAGAAAACUCUCGAUUAAUAUUUGAUGAUUUCGUAAAAAAAAUAACAGGAUUCGUUAAACUUGAUGAUUCUCCGUCAAAACGAGCUUCUUUUAAAUUUAUUCCUUGUCACGAAGAAACAUGGUAUGAAUACUAUUUGGAUGUCGAGAAACAAAUUUGGAUACCGUGGAACACUCUUGUACCUGAUUAUGUGCACAAUCCAAGUAUUAAAUUCAACGAAAUACUAGUGCCAACUGUUGAUUCCACACGAGUCACAUGGUUACUAAAUCUUAUGACGGACGUAAAACGUCCAAUGAUUCUUAUUGGAGAAACAGGAACAUCAAAAACAGCAACAAUGCAGAACUUUUUAAGAACUCUAGACACUAAUCUAUUUAUGCAAGCAAAUUUAAAUUUUUCUUCUAGAACAACUUCUUUAGAUGUACAAAUGAUUUUAGAAGCAAAUGUUGCCAAGCGAAACAAAAAUAUAUAUGGACCACCAAUUGGUAAAAAAUUAGUUUGCUUUGUGGACGAUAUGAACAUGCCUCAAGUCGACACAUAUGGUACUCAACAACCAAUAGCACUAUUGAAAUUAUUUUUGGAAUCGGGAGGAAUGUAUGAUCGUGGUAAAGAAUUAACAUGGAAGUCACUAAUUGAAAUUUAUUUGUAUGCAGCAAUGGGUAAACCCGGUAGUGGUAGAAAUGAAGUAGAUCCAAGAUUUAUUUCAAUGUUUUCAGUUUAUUGUAUGGCAUUUCCUUCAGAUGAUACAAUUAAUCAUAUAUUCAAUUCAAUACUUUCUGGACAUACCAUUAAUUUUAACGAAGAUGUUAAAAAAAUUGUUCCAAUUAUCUUAGAAAUGACUUUGAGACUAUAUAAGAUUACUUUAGCAGAACUCCCACCUACUCCCAAUAAGUUCCAUUACAUAUUUAAUCUUCGAGAUUUAAGUAGAAUAAUUAAUGGUAUGCUUUUUACAAAUCCGACGAUAUUUAAUAAUGUUUUGAGUUUUGUCAGAGUAUGGAGAAAUGAAUUUACUCGUGUAAUAUGUGAUAGAUUUAACAGUGAACAGGAUGAACAAUUAAUAACAAUGCGAAUAGAAGAGACCUUAGGAAUUUAUUUCCCAAACGAAAAGAAUGAAGUUUUAAUAAAUCCAUUAAUUUUUGGCGAUUUUAAGAAUGCUUUGAAUGAAGAUGUACCGGAUCUAUAUGAAGAUUAUCAAACGUAUGAAGCUGUACUGAAAAUGUUUGUUGAAAUUUUGGCAGAAUACAACGAACAAAACCAAAAAAUCGACAUGGUAUUAUUUGACAUGGCAUUAGAACAUUUAACUAGAAUUCACAGAGUAUUGAAAAUGGAUACAGGGCACAUUAUGCUUAUUGGCGUAGGUGGUAGCGGAAAAGCAUUGAUGACUAAAUUAGCAGCUUUCACUGCCGGAUGUGAAAUAUUUUCUAUCAUUAUAAGCCGAGGCUACAAUGAAACUGCAUUUAAAGAAGAUUUAAAAAAAUUAUUUAUGAUGCUAGGCGUUGAAAAUAAACGUUUAGUGUUUUUCUUAACGCAGUCUCAAAUUUCUGAAGAAAGUUUUUUGGAAAUAAUAAAUAAUAUAUUAAUGGUUGGAACAGUACAAGCAUUGUACACAGAAGAUGAAAAAAAUGGAAUAUCAAAUGAAGUCAGAAAUAUUGCUAGUGAUGCUGGUUAUGAAAAUACAAAAGAUGGUGGUUGGACGUAUUUUAUAAAAACAUGCAUAAACAAUCUUCGUGUAGUACUUUCUAUGUCGCCUGGAGAUGAACUUAGAGAAAGAUGCCGAAAUUUUCCAGGCUUAGUAAAUAAAACAUAUAUUAAUUGGAUAUUCCCCUGGCCAGAUCAGGCUUUGCUUGCUGUUGCACAAUCAUUCAUAAACAAAGAACAUUCAAUACCCCAAGAUUACAAACAAAGCAUCACCAACCAUAUAGUUUAUACACAUAAAACAAUGAGUAUCUACACUAAUGAUUUUUUAAUAAAAUUAAAACGCAAAAAUUAUUUGACUCCCACACAUUAUCUAGACUAUAUAAAUUUAUAUUUAAAUUUGAUUGAUGAAAAAUUUACUAAUAUUGCACGUCAAUGUGAAAGAUUAUUGGUUGGUCUACGAAAAAUUGAUGAAGCUACAGAACAAUUAAUAAUACUUAACGAACAGCUAGAAGUACAAAAAGUUGUUGUAGCCGAGAAAACAUUAGCUUGUGAAAUUAUUCUACAGGAAAUUUCAGAAGCCUCUAAGACAGCAAAUACAAAAAAAGAAUUUGUUGUUGAAAAGACAAUUGAAAGUAAAGAAGCUGGCAAAAUAAUAGCCAUUGAGAAAAAUGAAGCUGAAGAAAUAUUAAGCCAAGCGUUACCAGCACUAGUCUCUGCAAAGGAAGCGUUAAGCAAUUUAAAUAAAAACGAUAUUACAGAAAUCAGAUCAUUCGCUACACCACCAGAACCUGUACAAGUAGUGACCGAAUGCGUGGCCUUAAUUCUUGGUUAUAAAGAAGUUAACUGGAAAGUUUCCAAACAAAUGAUGUCUGACCCACGAUUUUUAAACACGUUAAAAGGAUUGAAUGCAAACGAAAUCUCUCCAAAAGUACAAUCUCAAGUCAAAGCAAAACUUAAAACAUCUAAAAAAAUUGCUAUUAUGCAAGAUAUCAGUAAAGCAGGAUAUGGAUUAUUGAGUUUUGUUGAUGCUGUUUUAAAAUACUGUGUUGUGUAUAAAGAAGUUAAACCAAAACAAGAUAAACUAAAAGAACUCGAAAAAGACCAUGAGCAAGUAUCUAAACUGAUCGAUCACCUCAAAAAGGAACUAGCUGACAUAAUGCUCACGCUAGAUAAACUGAAUGAAAAAUAUAAAAAUGCAAUGGCUGAACGUGCAAUUAUUCAAGAAGAAAAAGAUCUUAUGGAACGUAGAUUAAUUGCAGCUGAUAAAUUAAUUAAAGGUUUAAGUUCAGAGAAUACUAGAUGGAAGAAAGAUUUAGUUGAUUUGGAAGAGUAUAAGAAAAAAAUAUUUGGAAAUUGUUUGAUGAGUUCGUCAUUCUUAGCUUAUACGGCACCGUUUUCAUAUGAAUUUCGUGUUGAUAUGUUAUUCAAUAAUUGGUUUCCAAGUAUAAUAGAAAGUAAAAUACCGAUAACUAAUCCAUUUAAAGUUGAAAUAGAACUUUCAGACGAAGUUACGAUUUCAACUUGGAAUUCGGAAGGACUGCCAUCAGAUGAUUUAUCAAUUCAGAAUGGUAUUCUUACUAUGAGGGCGAGUAGAUUUCCGUUGUGUGUAGAUCCACAGCAACAAGCGUUAAAUUGGAUAAAACAAAAAGAAGAACCAAAUAGUCUAAAAACAUUGUCAUUUAGCGAUUCUGAUUAUUUGAAACAUGUAGAAAAUGCUAUUAUUUAUGGAACACCCGUACUUUUUCAAGAUGUGGAGUAUAUAGAUUCAAUAAUUGAAAAUGUUUUAGAAAAAAAUAUAAAGAAUAUUUCUGGUCGAAAGUUUGUAUUAUUGGGUAACAAAGAAGUAGAUUACGAUGAAAAAUUUCGUAUUUAUCUUACUACGAAAAUAGCCAAUCCAUUUUUUUCUCCAUGGAUUUAUACAAAAGCAACUGUUAUAAAUUGCUUAAUUACACAAAAAGGACUCGAAGAUCAACUAUUGGGUAAUGUAGUUAAAAAUGAAAGACCCGAUUUAGAACAACAAAGUGACGAAUUGGUUAUGGAGAUCAGCUCAAACAAAAGUCUAUUAAAAAAUCUUGAGGAUUCUCUGCUUCGUGAACUGGCUACAUCAUCAGGAAAUAUAUUAGACAACAUAGAUCUGAUUGAAACAUUAGAAGAAACUAAAUCAAAAGCAAGUGAAGUUACUGAAAAAUUGUCGUUAGCAACUACUACUGCAAUGGAAAUCGAUGUACUUCGAAACCAAUUUCGUUCAGCUGCUACUAGAGGAGCUAUAUUGUUCUUCGUGCUGUCGGAUAUGAGUACAAUUAAUGCAAUGUAUCAGAAUUCGCUUUCUAGUUACCAAAACGUGUUUAAAACAUCUCUAAAAAAAGCGUUGCCUCACAAGAAAUUAAAAAAAAGACUUAUGAAUAUUAUUAACACUUUUACUGAAAACCUGUAUAGAUACGGAUGUACAGGUAUUUUUGAAAGGCAUAAACUUUUAUUUUCAUUUCAAAUCGCAGUGAAACUUCAAAUAAGCACGAAUCACGUAUCCAAAUCUCAACUUGACUUUUUUAUUAAAGGAAAUGUUACACUAGAUAAAAAUCCAGAAUAUAUAAAUCCUAUCAGUUGGUUGUCACCGCAAAACUGGAAAGAUAUUGUUAAAUUAACUAAAGAUUUUCCAGAAAUAUUCCCUAAUCUGAGUGAAAAUAUAAUUAAUAAUAUUACUGAUUGGAAAAUCUGGUAUGAUCUAGAUAUGCCAGAAUCUACAGAUCCACCUUAUCCAUUUUCUGAAUUACACGAACCCUUUUCUAAACUCAUGUUAUUACGAUGUUUUCGAGUUGAUCGCACUUAUCAAGCUAUCAGCAAUUAUAUAGUCCUAGUAAUGGAUGAGAUGUACAUAACCACGCCAACUAUUGAUUUUGAUGUGAUUUAUGCCCAUACUGAACCUCAAAAUCCCGGACUGUUUAUUUUAAGUCCUGGGUCCGAUCCGACUCCCGACCUGGUGAAACUCGCUGGUCGAUGUGGAGUUUCAUCAAAUGAAUUUGAAUUUUUAUCACUUGGACAAGGACAGGAAAAAAUUGCACUUAAGUUUUUGAGUUUAGCAAUGAAUGAUGGUCACUGGUUGAUGUUCCAAAAUUGUCAUUUAUUGAUAAACUUCCUAUAUGAUCUUGAAAAGAUAUUGGAUAGAACAAACAAAAUUCAUCCAGAUUUUAGACUAUGGCUAGCUACUGAAGCAACUCCUUUUUUCCCAGUAUCAGUAUUACAAAGAUCUUUAAAAGUGGUCACUGAGCCGCCCAACGGACUGAAAUUAAAUAUUAGAAACACUUUUACUAAAUUGAAACAAGACACUUUGAACGAAUGUGCUCACCCAGCAUAUAAAUCAUUAAUAUAUGUUCUCGCAUUUUUCCACGCAGUUGUUCAAGAGAGAAGGAAAUACGACAAAAUUGGUUGGAAUAUUGCUUAUGAUUUUAGCGAAUCAGACUUUUCAGUUUGCGUACAGAUUCUGGUUAAUUAUUUAAACAAAACUUUGGAUGAUGGUAUAGAUGCUCCAUUGCCUUGGGAUACAUUGAGAUAUUUAAUUGGAAAUGUAAUGUAUGGUGGGCGCGUGAUUGAUAGUUAUGAUCAGAGAAUCGUAAAUACGUUUAUGCAAGAAUAUUUUGGGCAAUUUAUACUUGAUAAGUUUCAAAAAUUUUAUUUCCAUUACAAUAAAAAUGUUCAAUAUGAAAUACCAAUGGCUGAAAUUAAGGACGAUUAUUUAAAGUCAAUUGAUGAACUACCUAUAAUUUGUGGACCAGAGGUACUGGGUCUGCAUUUUAAUGCUGAGAUGGGAUAUUUUACAAAAGCUUCAAAAAAUAUUUGGGAUAAUCUACUUAAAUUACAACCACAGACGGAGUCAUCUGAUUCUGGAGAGAGCCGUGAAGAAUUAAUAGAUGCUGUAGCUGAUGAUAUAUUGCAAAAAUUACCCGAUCUAUUCGACAUCAGAAAUGUCAGAAAAACGUACGAAAAAAACUUUACGCCCAGUACUGUUGUCUUGCUCCAAGAAUUAGAGAGAUUCAAUAUAUUGAUAAAAAAAAUUAGGGUCACUUUAUCGAUGUUGCGAAAAGCUCUAUUGGGUGAAAUUGGAAUGGAUUCUAUUUUAGAAAGCGUUUCUUUGUCUUUAUACAACGGUCAAAUACCAACUGCUUGGUUGAAGCUGGCCCCACAAACGUGUAAAAACCUUGGUGGAUGGAUAGAACAUUUCGUUUUAAGAACUGAACAGUAUACAAAGUGGAGCUCAAUUAGAGAACCUCUGGUUAUAUGGCUAGCUGGUCUUCACGUUCCCGAAUCAUAUUUGACAGCAAUCGUACAGAUUGCGUGCAGAGCGAAUGGAUGGUCAUUGGAUCAUUCUACUUUGUAUACAGCGGUUACUGAAUAUACAAAUAAAGACGAUGUCCAAAUAUCCCCAAAUACGGGUUGUUAUAUAAGUGGAAUAUUUAUUGAAGGAGCGCAUUGGGAUAUGAACGCACAGUGUUUAGCUAUCUCAAAAACAAACGUAUUGAUCGAAAACCUACCAAUCAUCCUCAUUGUCCCCAUCGAAGCUACUAAGCUGAAAUUACUAAACACUAUUCGUACUCCGGUGUACACUACAUCACUGCGGCGAAAUGCAAUGGGCAUUGGUUUAGUAUUUGAAGCAGACUUGAAAACAUAUAUUCAUAACAGUUUUUGGAUUUUACAAGGCGUUUGCUUAUUAUUGAAUGACGAUUGA